AUGGCUGCUGAUCCAGAGGAAGAGAAGACGCAACCGCCUCCGGCUGCGGUAGAAUUCGAGCCGCCCUUGGCUUGUGUGCGGCGAAUUCUGAAGCACACCUUGCCGUCGUCGACCAACGUUGGUAAAGACGCUUCGGCCGCAUUUGCGAGAGCGAGUGGAAUUUUCAUUAUCUAUUUGACCGCUUGUGCCAACGACUUUGCCCGUACGCACAAGCGACAGACAAUUACAGCCAACGAUGUCCUCGCCGCAAUCAAGGAGCUAGACUUUGACGACUUUUCGACCGACAUGAUGAGUUUUUUGGAAUCGUACCGUGUCUCGGAGAAACACAAGAAGGACGCCAAGGCUAAGGCUGCCGCAGACAAGAAAGAACGCGACGAUGACGGAAGCAAAGAAACUCCCUCAAAACAGGAGGAUGAGGAGAAUGAUGACGACGAUGACGACAAUGACAACGAAGCAAAAGACGAUGAUGACGAUGAUGAUGAAGAAAACUCAGAUCGCAAACGGCACAGAAACGAUGAUGAUGAUGAUAAUACCGCAGCCGAAAGCCCGAAGCAUUCUCCAGAGACAGAAAGUGUUGAGGAGCCAACACUUAAAAAAGCGAAAUUGGGGGAAAAUGUCAAUGCUAAAGAUGAUACAGAGACUGGAGGGAAGGCAGGGACUGGAGCAGAUGAAGACGAGACAGCAGAAUAAGUUUUGAACAAUUUCGUUUCUUUUCAGAUGUGCACACAUAUGAUACUACAUUAUCUCAGUGGAAGGGACGGAAAAUAGUAUAAAUUGGCUAAUGCGCAUUUUAAAAGCUAA